CGACGUUCUUUUGACUCUACUAGUACCUCUCGGAGUAUUAUUGUUUCCACCACAAGCAAGUGUCGUCGUUAUAUUUCGUCGCUCCGCCUUGACACCCGUUAUGACCUUUGAUAUUAAGUUUCAUCAGAACGAGGAAGCUGAGCUCGUGAGGCUCCCAAAUCUGGCAAACGCACCGCCGUUUUAGAGUUCCUGUAGUCGCUGGCCUACAGUAGUGCGGGCGUGCUACGCUGAUCACAUCAAAGGUGGGUCGAGGAGAUCGUGCUCACCGGUAGAUCUCACAUGUUUGGUAAAGCGGAUCGGGACGUGACCGUCAUCCUGGUUAUUGGUAUAUCCCUGAGAUCUGCAACGUCCAUGCUGAAUAGGUUCAAAGCACGAAUUGAUUGGCAAUUGAUGGUGUGCUGGUGAGGAUACCGCGCGGACGAUGACAUGGGGAAGACUGUGGUAUGAAUUGCCGUCAUCAUGUAUCCUCUUUCCAGCAUGCCGCGUGUCUCUUCAAUUGCUCUUUGCAGCAAUUCAAACUUACUGACAUCUUGAGCUCUGACACAAACGAAUCCGCAAGCAUGGCUCGACGCUCAUCGUAUCCCAUGCAAUCGGAGCCUGUCUCAACACCUGCACCCUUUUCACCUGUAGAACACCCGCCGAGCAAACCAAGCAAUCGCCAAUUGCCCAGAUAUCUUCGCGCAAUCGAAGACCAGGAUACACCAAAAGGUCGUACCUUGAUCAUCUGUCUUGAUGGUACUGGCGACAAAUUCGACGGAGAUAACAGCAACAUCGUACAUCUCGUCAGCUGCCUCAAGAAAGAUGAUCCACAACAACUCACAUACUAUCAAACGGGCAUUGGCACAUACAACAGUGGAGGUCUGAGCGAUGGCAUUGCAGCUGCCGUCGACAUGGCCGUGGGUAGCGGUCUCGGUGUCCAUAUCAGAGAUGCCUACCGCUUUCUCAUGCAGACCUACCGCGAAGGUGACAAGAUCUGCCUUUUUGGCUUCUCGAGAGGCGCAUACACAGCUCGCUGCCUCGCAGGCAUGCUUCACAAAGUUGGACUUUUGCCAGCACACAAUCGCGCUCAGAUACCAUUCGCGUACAAGUUCUACAAGGACGACACUCAAAAUGGAUGGGACAUGAGCGCCGACUUCAAGAGAACUUUCUGCAUCGACGUCAAUGUGUACUUCGUCGGAGUCUUCGACAGUGUUGCCAGUGUUGGCUUCAUCCCGAGAAAACUGCCGUUGAGUAGUACUCCAAAGAACAAGCCAUUCUACUUCAGACAUGCUAUGGGCUUGGAUGAGCGCAGAUCCAAGUUCAAAGUAUGUCGGUAUCAGCAAAAAGAUCACACCGACCCUGAAUCUCGCUGGACCACAAAAGCUGCAACCGAAGGCCAGGCCGAACCACCGCGACAAAGACUCGAGUCCAACAGCACUGCCGAGACAUACACCGAAGGCGAAAAGAUCCAAAGAGUCGGCUCCGACGCCAACAAUGUCGCAAGAGAUGUCGACUGUCUCGAAGUCUGGUUCGCCGGCUGCCACGCCGACGUCGGAGGCGGCGCAGUCGCAAAUGAACAACGACACAAACCAUCUCAAAUCCCCCUCCGCUGGAUGAUACGCCAAUGCUUCGAAUGCAACACCGGGAUCCUCUUCAAUACACACCGUCUCGCCGAAGAAGGCAUCGAUGUCCACAUGCUCUACCCAGUCUACCACAAACUCGAAAGACCAACCGUGGGCCCUUCCCCGAAGACGAUGGAGAAAUACCAUCAAGGCGAAAUAGCACCUAUCUCUCGUAGGUCAACAGUGUUGGAAGCACAAGACGACGACCACAAACACGGUUUCUACAACGUAAAUCUCUGGCAAGAUGCAGAAAAGCAAAAGAUCGCCGAACACUGGGUGCCCGAACAAAUGGAAGAUUGUCUCGAUGCAAUCGCACCGCUGAACGAUCAACUCGUACAAGCCAAGUUCUGGUGGAUUUUGGAAGUAUGGCCGAUCAAAGUCCGUCUGCAGCCGAAAGAUUCGGACACUUGGGUGAAGAAGGUGAGGAUGAAUAUGGGUAGAUAUCGUGUUGUUCAGGAGUCAGAGCCGAAUCUGCAUUGGACGGUGCAGCAGCGCAUGCAGGAUACUGGCUAUAAGCCGCAAGUUCGACUUGGCAGGAAUGCGGCUUGGAGAUUCAUUGUCUAGAUAUCUUGUAGCAGUACACAUCUAAGAUCUGCGAUG